AUGCAUCUCCACAGUCCUUCACUCAUGGCAGAAGGAAACUUCUCUCUAUCUGGACACUUGGUGAGAAGUCCUGUCGGAAACCCAUCCAGGUUUCACAGCAUAGAGGCUAUCUUAGGAUUUUCCAAAGAGGACAAUGUUCUGAGCUCAUUCCAGACAGAGGGCAGUCCUAGGAAUGGCAAGGAAGCUGAGAAGAGAAACUCUAGACACUGUCUUCACAAAAUGGCUGAGGAUGUACAAUCACAGCAGGGCCAGAUAGAAGACAGACAGGAGGACAACUAUGGGGAUACCUACUGCAGCAAAACUUCCAGUGAGUGCAUGAGCCCAGGCUUAUCAGCAAAUAACAGCGACCACAAACUAUCAGACGACGAACAACCCAAGAAGAAGCACAGGAGGAACCGAACCACCUUCACUACUUACCAACUCCAUGAGCUGGAGAGAGCUUUUGAGAAGUCCCAUUACCCAGAUGUGUACAGCAGAGAGGAGCUGGCCAUGAAGGUGAACCUCCCAGAAGUAAGAGUCCAGGUUUGGUUUCAAAACAGAAGAGCCAAAUGGAGACGACAAGAAAAGUUGGAGGUUACUUCCAUGAAGCUUCAAGACUCCCCAAUUCUAUCUUUUAACCGAUCCCCACAGCCUCCAGCCAUGAGCAACAUCAGCACUAAUCUGCCCCUAGAUUCUUGGCUUACUCCAUCAAUGUCCAACACCACCGCCCUACAGACCCUGCCGGGAUUUGUGACCACCCCACAGAGUAUUCCUGGCAGUUACACCCCACCACCUUUCAUGAACACUGCACCCGUUGGCCACUCUCUACAACCAUUGGGUUCCAUGGGGCCACCACCUCCAUACCAAUGCGGGGCCAACUUUGUGGACAAGUAUCCUCUUGAAGAAGUAGACCCUAGAAACACAAGUAUAGCAGCACUGAGGAUGAAGGCAAAGGAACACAUUCAGUCUAUUGGAAAGCCUUGGCAAACCAUAUAA